GUCCUGAUUUCCGUUUCGCCGUCAUCCCCUCCUGCAGGCGAGAUGAUGGUUGACAGCGACGAUGAUGAAGACGGCGACAGCGACGACGACGAUGACGAUGACGACGACGCUGACGACAAACGACCGGCACGACGCGGAGGAAGAAGAAGAAAAGAGAGACGAGUGUUCGGUGAAGCCUACCGACCGGCUAUUUGGAACACGGCCGAUCAGUUCCUUCGGCGCCUUCGCACCGUGGACGCGGACACGCUAACGUCCUUUGUCGCCGAUUUCAAACUCGCGCUUCUCCCGCGAACAGAGACCGGCGCGGUAUAUAAAGAGACAGCCGAAGAAACCCGCGAAAAGUCGCGCGACGCGUGCUUUUCGGAUUGUCGCGAUCGCCCUCGCAGAAUCCCCGGCGAGAUCUCGUGUGGAAGUCGUCCGCGCAGCAGCGAUCGAUCCUUAGGGGAUGUCUCGUCCGACAAUCCGGGGUGGUUCAUGACAGAGCUCGCAGACGAUCGAUUUGUCUCGUGGAAAGAACUCGCCGACGGUACUAGGCAGCUUUGCGACAAUCAACGACGGCGGCAUCAUGUCGGAGGGUUGCACGAGUUGCAGAGGGGCGAAUUAUGCGGGUGGCACUCUGCAGCAGUUGGGCACGACUGCCGGUGGCAACACCGGAAGUUCGUCCGCCGCAUCUGGAACGGCCUGUACGACCACGAGGAGAGUCCAGGUGCGGGCGAAGGUGCUCUACGGCACGGGCAAGGCGAUAGCGAGCUUGCAAGCGCAGGAGAAAGCCGCCCGGCACUGACCAGCGUGAUCCUCUCUCUUCUCUCCUGCGCGUUGUCAUCGGAGUCGAGGGAUGAAAACGAUAGAAGGGAAUCCUACGCCAGGCCGCAAACAUCGAACCUCAAAGUUACAAUCUCCGGACGAGUAAGGACGAGUAAGGACGAGCGAUCGCUUUCCACGUCAACGGACACUACGAGGAAAAGAGUAAAUAUUCCAUCAGACUACAAUCCUUUAACCCAAGGUACCCGGAGAACCGAGGCAAAUAUCACUAGGUAUCCUGUCGAAGCAACGCGCCCCAAGUACGUGCACAAGUCGCCGCUGGAGAGAGAGACAGAGACAGCGACGGAUAUAUUACAGCCGGGAGAUUCCGACGAAAUCACGUACGUUGCCGCGAAAGGGUCGAAUCAGACGCGAGAUGGAAUCCGACAUGAAUUUUUGAACGCAUCGCGUAUUUCCGAGAGCUCCGUCGUAACGAAUCCAGUCGAGAGAGAAAAAGAAGACCAAGUGGGAGAUGAGAAAAAUAAAGGGACGGAAAAAGAGUUCACUCGCCAGGAGGAGCCUUUCUCGAGCGUAUCGCUGAGGAGCGCGGGUGACGUCCAAGGUGACAUGACGAAAUGGUCGACCAACGUGAAGAGUGACGCGCCACGAGAAGCGGAAGUUCCUCGGGCGCGAAAUGAUAGCGCCGCGGCGGGUGAGGAUUUCGACAUCGGUGGCGUCUCUUCGACGGGGGUGAGUUUCGUCGAAGAAAGCCCGAAUCGACUGACCGUCGUACUCGAUCCGGGAAUCGCAAAUCACCCCGUGGAGAGUCGCACCGACCAGGAAGAGAACUGGCAAGUCGGAGAAGACGAUCUCAUGGAGGCUGCGAAUUUCGGACUACAAGCCAUGCACAACCUCUAUUAUGUUCAGGAGCCCAAACUGUACUCAAUGGGUCUCUAUCUGAAAAGGGACGAACCGGCGAGAUACGUGGCGGCGUUUAACGAUCAGUCGGAAGAAGCGAGGAAUUUGGCGAGAUUCGGGUACGCGACUCUUCAAGGCACCGCUAUGUAUCUGAAGAAGUUUCCCGGCGCGCCGUUAGAAUUGCCUUUAUCCCGGAGCACUCGAAGAACCUCUUUGGAGCAACAAUGCCCGCGACGAGGAACACCCCAAUGCCCGCCAGCCAGUCUGAGGUACAGGACCUCCGACGGUAGCUGCAAUAAUUUGCAGGAUCUCUGGUGGGGCUCCGCGAUGUCUACGAUGCAGAGAUUCCUGCCGGCGGUAUAUCAAGACGGCGUUCAAAGCAUCAGAAGGUCGACGAGUGGAAGGCCCCUCCCAAGUGCGCGAGACAUCACGGGCCUAAUCCACGAGGAUCAAGACGUACCUCUGGCUUCCGUUACACAUAUGCUGAUGCAGUGGGGACAGUUCGUGGAUCACGAUUUGACAGCAACUGGACAGAGCAGAGGAUUCAACGGCACGGUGCCGCAGUGUUGCUUGCCGAGAGGUGUCGGCUUCCAACCGCCGGAGUUUAUGCACCCGGAGUGUCUGCCGAUCGCGGUGAAUCUACGCGACAGCUUCUACGGUCCCCUAGGCGUGAGAUGCCUGGAGUUCCUCAGAAGCGGCCCAGCUCCGAAGGAGGGUUGCGAAUUUGGCACGAGGGAGCAAUUGUCCCAGGUGACCAGUUACUUGGACGCCUCAAUGGUUUACAGCAGUAACGCCCUGCACAGCGACAGUCUGAGGCUAUUUCGAAACGGCUUGCUGCAGUACGGAAAAAUUCAGUCGCGGAGACCUAUGCUACCAAAACACGAGUUCGAUCUGUGCAAACUCGGAUCCCUAUCGACAACUUGCUUCCGUGCCGGCGACGGACGUCUCAGUGAGCAACCGGCCCUCACAUCCUUGCACGUAGUCUUCCUGAGACUGCACAACAGGAUAGCCACGGAACUAUCCGCGCUCAACUCCCACUGGAGCGACGAGAAACUUUUUCAAGAAACCCGAAGGAUCGUCGGCGCCGUGGUUCAGCAUAUAACUUAUCGAGAGUUCUUGCCGAUCAUUCUUGGUCCCCAAGUGAUGAAAAUCUUUGACCUGGAGGUUCUGAAGAAAGGCUACUACGAAGGCUAUGAUCCGACCGUAAAUCCUAACGUCGCGAACGCUUUUUCCACGGCGGCUUAUCGAUUCGGCCACUCGCUGGUUCAGCGGACCUUCGUGAGAUUCGAUAGCAAUCACAGGCCUCUGCCUAACAAUGUCUCGAUCCACGAGGAGUUCAGCAACCCAGCGAACCUAGAGACCGCGGGCUCGGUCGAUCGUCUUGUCCUAGGUCUGGCGAAUCAACCGUGCCAGCGGAGGGACGAAUUCAUAACGGAGGAGAUGACGAAUCACCUCUUCCAGACUCCUGGCUUCGCGUUCGGCAUGGAUCUGGCCUCUCUCAAUAUUCAGAGGGGCCGGGAUCACGGUCUGCCGCCUUACGUGCGAUGGCGCGAGCCCUGCGGCUUGUCGCCGAUAAGAACCUUCGAGGAUCUCGAUACGGUGAUGUCGCCGAGCAUCGCGCGAAAAUUCCGACUGCUCUACUCGUCGGUGGAGGAUAUCGAUCUCUUUCCGGCCGGCUUAGGGGAAAGGUCGGUAGUCGGCGGCCUGGUCGGGCCUAUUUUCGCCUGCAUAAUCGGCCAGCAGUUUAGCAACCUGCGACGCGGCGAUCGAUUCUGGUACGAGAACCCCGAAAGCGAAAGCAGCUUCACCGCCGGUCAGCUGCAGCAGAUACGACGCACCACUCUAGCGCAGGUAUUGUGCAAAACGAUGGACGCCAUCGAGACCAUACAGCCGUUCGUCUUCCUCGCGGCGGACACGCUGAAGAACCGACGUCUCGCGUGCGACGAUCCGGCUAUCGGCCAAUUGGACCUCGAAUUUUGGGCCGAACGGCCGUUCGAGUUUAGAUACAAUGUCCGCGAUCCGCAGGCGAAGGUGAAACGAACAGCGAGCGACGUAAACGAUCCCGCCGUCUCCAGAUCAAACGUGCAGAGCGCGAAUACGAGAAGGAAGGUACUCAAUGGUACUCGGGAACAGGCAAAGAUCGCGCCACCUGAGCAGCCUUUCAAAAGCAACAUCCACCAGAGCAACAAGAUCAUCCUGAAAAAACCCAUCGGACAACGGCCGGACAACCUGACGAUCUGGGUGCAGAACAACGCCGUGAACUCGCCCGUGUUCGUGAACGACGGUAUCUAUGGAUCGAGUAUUAGGCUGCAGCAACAGUCUACCGCCAAGCCGACCUCCGCGUUUAACCAAGGCGCGAGUAAUUAUCUCCCGCAUCGACCGCCGGCGAAGCCCAUACCGACGACGAUACCGCUGCACUCGGGUUACCCGUAUGUGCCUCAGGCAUACGACGACCCUAACAAUCCGAAUCCGCUGGCUUACGGUUACAAGUCACCUACGCAAGGCGAUGUCUUCUACGACAACUACUCCCCCAACAACCCCAGCAGCCCCAGGCCCACCCUGUACACUUAUUACACGAAUUUCCAGCAGAGACCGACCACUCAGACGCCGAAUCGCGAAGUCAACGGCUACCUGAUUAACUACGGACACCCGCAUCACGAGCACGACUCCUUUCCGGCGCAUCACACGUACGAGAAGCCGGAACCUCAAUUGGUAAACCUGGGACAUCCUUACGGAUCGAGUGCCGAGCAGGGACCGAGUCCACAAAGGCCGAGUUACAGCGACGCCAAGCCGUCGGCGACGAACGUGCGGCCAAGCUCUAGACCGAAUUACGCGUCGAACGACGGGACGUAUCAUAAACCAGGUUACGACGGGGUGAAGCCUCUGACGAUCUCGCGGCCGAAUUUCGGAACGACUCACGGUGGAUCGAGCGACGAGUUGUAUCACGGACAAAAGCCGAGUUACAACAGACCUAGACCGACGUCGCCGAACACGUCGCGACCGAACGAGGAGUCGUAUCACACACAGAAACCAGUGCACAGUGGACCUAUACUCGUGCUGAACUCGCGGCCGAGUUCCACGGCGAAUUACCAACCGUACAGCACACAGGGACCAGCGACUACCGGAAAUUCACACUUACAAAGCAACUACAACAACUUGAGCAACCGACCGGGCGAAAGUUACCCCGCUAAUUCGUACAAACCGCAGCAUGUAAAUCAGGGGAAUUUGAACGGCUAUCAGGAGAGGCCCGGCGAGAGACCGUACGAUUACGACGAUCCCGACGCGUAUCAGAAGAGACCUAACGUUAAGCUGCAAAGUGGGCCUUACACGAAUCCCGGGACGAAUGUCCCUUCUCAUGAAAAAGACACGAGUAACUCAUCCCCCGCGUACUCGCAAGGAUCCACUGCGAGUGACAAUUACGGCAAGUAUCCCGAUACCAGUCUGGCCUAUCAAAGCAGACCGACGUCCACUCAAAGCAACUGGCCAGGAGUCUCGUCUGACACAAAAGAGAGCAGUGCUCCGUCUUUUGAGCUGCACAGUUCCCCGUUCUACCAGAAACCGACGACGGGUCGGCCUGUCUAUCAGAUAAGUGGUCAGUCACAAGUGUCGCCCUAUCAGAAAGAAUCGAUCGACGCGUCCCUUCCUUCCGCGAACCCAUACGAAGAGAUCAAUUCUUACGAAAGUCCCGGCAAUCCAGCCGCUUUGGGCGAGCAAUCACCGUACAGCAUCCAUCAGCAGAAUCAACCAACUCCGGCUUCAUAUUGGCCCGAAGUUUCGACGGUCGACUUCCACGUGCAUAAGCAGACAGGAAAGCCCAAUCCAAAGCCAAGCAAGGUGCAGAGCGUCACGAUCGUCACCGAAGCGAUCGAAACUGUUCAUAAUCCUGGUCAUUCCGGAUACAUAGAUCAGUACAAAGUCACCAGCGAGGUGCCAAGGCCGUUGGCGCAGCAAACGAAGAACAAUAUGCCGGUUACCAGGAGACCAGGACAAUAUUACUACGAGAAGAACGUGCUGCAUCGAUACCCGGACGAAGUGGCCGGCCAAAUUCUCCAGAGAAAUUCUUAUUCAACCGACAACGUCGCCGAGAGGACACCGGUUCAAGAUCGAGGACUGCCGUCCAAAAAGAUUGUCGCGGAAACGACCAGCGACGAUUCGAUCACCGAUGUUUCCCCGCCGGAUUCUAAAACGGUCGAACGCAGCGAAAGCAAAGCGAUAACCACGACGAUGCUCACGCUCGCGAUCACUGAUUACAGGGAUAAUAACAGGGAUGACGUGGUGGACGACCUCGAAGGCGCUUUCGCGGCAGUUGUCGAGAGCGUUGCAUCGACUGACGUUCCCGACAGGAUAAAUCAUUGGACGAAUCCGCAAGAAGACCCGAAUUUACCGUCGACGUUGGAAAUGCCCGGAUUUCCGUCCAACGAAACCCCAAGCGCCGCCAAGGAAUUACCUAAGCCUAUUAAAUCGAGGAGUCGCGCUACUUAAAAGUUCCGCGCUUCUUAAUUCGUCCGUCGGUACGUUCCCGGAUGAAAUUGCUGGAAGGUUCCCUGCGAAUGCCAUCCACUUUUCGUCGAGUAUCGCCGCUGCGCGCUCGCUACGCGUUCGCGAAAGCGCGGGGAAUGCUGAAUCGGACGUAAGCGGAGCGUUACGAAGAAUUUGUUGAUGUUUUAGACCUCGUUCGCUCUUAUUUGAGAAACCUAAGUAAAUAUACAUUGACGCGCGCGCUUGUUAAAUCGCCUACAUGAGCCUAGUUGCGCCAAGUUUCCGAGGAACUUGCAUUCCGCACUUUUACGUGAAGUAACGAGCGUGUCGCACUUUUACGAGUACUCAUUUUCUCGUCAUCUCGACGCGCGAUAGAUCAGCCGACGACUAAUUCACUGAAUUCGCGUAAUCGCCAGGUGGAGCGAAAGGAAUUCACUCUGGAUUACCGCAUCGGACGAUCUGAUCGCACGGCCGACAAACCAUUAAUCCGGUGACGUGAAUAAGUGCCCGAGAAAGUACGGAGGCACGCGUCAAACGAAAGAAUACCUAAUCGCGUUAUUACGUGCUUGAAGAGUGGCGUGAAAGGUAAGGCAGUUUUUUAAAGCGUCAUAACCCGAAAGGGGCAUACGCUGUAUGCCUGGGAUUAGCGUGUACUAUUUUUAGCAGCGGUUUUCGUGGCAUUACACUCCUCUCCCGUACUGUGCUUGCAGCUUUAUGCCUCAGCUAUCAUAAAGCAGCACCGCUAUCGAUUAAAUGUCAGCACCAUUAAUAUUAACGAAAUGCAUUCCGUAGCAUUAGCACGAUUGUUACGUUAUCACGUAGGCGCAUUUUAUAUUUAUUUUGCGAACACAGACACGAGUUAGAAUCCGCGCGAGCGAAACAAAACGUAUUAUGCGAAUGGGUAGCUGGGUAUUUGAUAAAUAUAGCGCUUAUCGUACCGUACCGUACCGUAUCUCAAGUUGCUUAUCGGGGUUUAGAUUUAUAGACUGAUUCAUCAACAUUCGAAAGCAUCUGUAUCAACGGUAUAUAGAUUUGAUCACUCGCAAUUUAAAUACAGUAUAACGACUGAUGCGUAAUCUACGUACUUAGCACUUUUAAUCGAUGUAGUACAUCAUUUAAUCCGUAUUAAUCGAUGUACAUUACGUAACCGAAAUAAAGGUUCGUCAAAUGUUUCACGACAGACGAAUAAUUUGUAAGAGACGAAGGAUUCCAACUAUACUAGAUCUCUGAAACGCGAUAGUAUCCCCAACAAAUAUGCGAAAUACGACAUUAACGUGGCUGCAUAGAGAAAAAAGAGACAUUCUCUUUCAAAAGAUAUCUUUAUUUCUGACAUGUUAAUCUGCAAGUGAGAUUACGUAACGUUGAAUAAAGAUAAGUUACUUGCAAGAAUACAUUUUAUAUGAUUCAACGAAGAAGCAUCCGUUCUUGUUACAAUUCAACGAAAAAAAAUUGUUUUAAUUAUUCAAAGAUUUUCAAAUUUUUAUUCAUGGAAAACACAAAAUACUCGACUAAGAAUACAAUGUUUUUAAGUAGAGAUAUGUAAAAGAGAAUAUCCUCUUUUCUACGUAUCAUCGUUAAAAAAAGCGAUUUUUGUAACGGAAAAUAAAAAUGCAACGCAUACGUCGAGUGCCAGAAAAGUUAUCGAAUUCUGAUAUUUACCACCGAGAUUUACAGCCUCGGUGCAUACUUCAAUCCGUCCGUAAUAAAUUCAAGGGCCGCUGUAUUUAAAUCUGUUUUCCUCUCCGUCGGUCUCACAAGAACAGAAUAUAAUAUAAGUCUCAAUUCUUUCAAAAUAUAUACGCGCCUCGGGAUUCAUUUUGUUCGCCAUAAAUUUUAAAUCGAAAUGCACUUUGCCAGCAAGAUUUAUGGCCAGUUGCUCGCGCGAACACCAGAUGAGGUUGUUCGGAUUUAUAGGAAUCGGUGAAACUUAUUCUUGCAGAGAGCGAGAGAUACGAGGAGAGAAAGGGUAGGGGCAAAAUCAAUAUAUGUAUCGGCGAAAAGCGCGAAAGAAGAUCGCGGAAUUGGUGUGCAGAAUGUGCGAAAUGUUUUUUCUAAACUUCUGCAUGCUGAGAAAAUGCGAAAAACUCGGUCAAAUAUGAAAGUGGAGUAGCACUUGGAGAGAAAAAACAAACUCCGAUUUCAUUCAACUUUUAUUCCAUUUUCUUUGAGAUCCGCCGACCUUUCCGCUUUCAACGGAACCUUUAUUCGAACUCGCCGCGGGUUUUCGGGUCGCUGCGGCAAAAGGCAACGGCCCUCGCGUGAUAGAAAUGCACUUUUCGAUGUCGUGAAGUCGUGACCCCGAUUUUGCCGCACAUUCUGCACCACUCGAAUUCGGCGCGAUGAGAAACGACGCGCACCGGGGACUUGGGUUGACCAAACAAAAUCGCUCUUAUCGUGCUCUCGAGAUCUAAUCGAUGAACGGCAUGCUUACAACCGACGUGGCUUCAGCGAGCGUUCCUCUUAUCGCGAGCAAAACGAUAUCAAUUGUUUAACGUCAGUAUUUUUCUCAGAGGAAUUCAGAGGAAAUGGUACUACUAAUAAGAAUUGUGUCUCCUUAUCUCAACCUCUCGAUUCUCAAUUUAUACCUCUCUUAUUGUUUAUGUUAUGAAGCGCAAUAAAAUAAAACAUACAGACUGAA